AUGAACAUCGACCACUCCCUGCUCCCCACCGACUCCCUCGUCCUCGUCACCGCCGCCAACGGCUUCCUCGCCUCGCACAUCGCCAACCAGCUCCUGCACGCCGGCUUCCGCGUGCGCGGCACCGUCCGCGACGCAGCAUCGCCCAAGUACGCGUGGCUACAAUACCUCUUCGACGCCUCUCACGGCCCCGGUCGCUUCCACCUUGUCAGCGUACCCGACAUCGCCGCCGACGGCGCGUUCGACGACGCUGUCAAGGGCGUCAACGCCGUCGCGCACGUCGGCAGCGUCGUCGGGAAAGAUGCCUCGGGUACUCUGGACAGCAUCGUCGCGCCCGUAAUCAAGGGAGCGCUGGAGCCGCUGAAGAGCGCAGCGAGGGAGGACAGCGUGAAGAGCUUCGUGUUUACGAGUACGAGUAAUGCGGCGUACUCGCCGAGGGCGGGGGAAGGCGGCGAUGUGGAUGAGGGGACGUGGAAUGAGAAAUCGGUGAGGGAGCUGCUGAGGCUGGGAGAAGAAGGGGGUGACGCUGUGCAGAGGACGUUGGCGGCGUAUAGCGCGAUCCUGCCGAGCGUCAAUUUCGGCCGCAGCCUCGACCCUAAAAACCAGGGCCAUCCGACCACCUCGGGUUGGCCUGUUGCGCUCGCUACUGACACAGUUCCCGAGUAUAUGUGGAGUCUUGUCCCCCCUCAAUACUACAUCGACGUCGAAGAUACAGCUCUCCUCCACGUUGCCGCACUUACUCGCCCAGAUCUCAAGGGAAAUCGUAUCUUUGGCUUCGUGGAAGAGUUCAACUGGAACACCUUACUGCAUGCACUACGAAGAAUUUACCCGGAAAAGGUGUUCUACGAGGACAGGGAAGGGCAGGACCAUGACUUGAGCAGGAUUCUUGGGGCGUCCAAGGCGGAGAAGAUUCUGAGAGAUAUGGGAAGGCCGGGAUGGAAAGGAUUGGAGGAGAGUCUGAGGGAAAAUUUGGAAGAUAUAGAGCUGUGA